AUGGCCAAGUACCACUGGCAGAGUCAGAAUGUGAAGCAGAGCGGGGUGGACGACAUGGUGCUGCUGUCCAAGAUCACGGAGGACGCCAUUGUGGAGAACCUCAAGAAGAGAUACAUGGACGACUACAUCUUUACCUACAUAGGGCCAGUGUUGAUCUCCGUAAACCCGUUCAAACAGAUGCCCUACUUUACAGAGCGAGAGGUGGAGCUGUACCAAGGAGCGGCCCAGUAUGAAAACCCUCCUCAUAUCUACGCCCUGUCUGACAAUAUGUAUAGAAACAUGAUGAUCGAGGCAGAAAACCAGUGCGUCAUUAUAAGUGGUGAAAGUGGAGCUGGAAAAACUGUGGCGGCUAAAUACAUCAUGAGCUACAUUUCCAAAGUAUCAGGAGGUGGACCUAAAGUACAGAAUGUAAAAGACAUCAUCCUCCAGUCCAAUCCGCUGCUGGAAGCUUUUGGAAACGCCAAGACGGUCCGCAACAACAACUCUAGUCGAUUUGGAAAAUACUUCGAAAUUCAAUUCAGCAGAGGCGGCGAACCGGACGGUGGCAAGAUCUCCAACUUCUUGCUGGAAAAGUCUCGAGUCGUGAGUCAAAACGAGAACGAGCGAAACUUCCACAUUUACUAUCAGCUGAUAGAGGGCGCCAACGCUCAGCAGAAGGAAGGCCUGGGCGUAAUGACUCCAGACUACUAUUACUACCUCAACCAGUCCGGCACGUACAAGGUGGACGGGACCAACGACUGCAAAGACUUCCAGGAGACCAUGGAAGCCAUGCAUGUGAUAGGUAUCACAGCACAGGUCCGGGCUCAGGUGCUGCAGAUCAUUGCCGGAAUCCUCCAUUUGGGAAACAUCAGCUUCAUCGAGGCGGGGAACUACGGCCAAGUGGAGAGCACCGACUUAUUGGCCUUCCCUGCGUACCUCUUGGGCGUGGACCCCAGCCGGCUCCAGGAGAAGCUGACCAGCCGGAAGAUGGACUCCAAGUGGGGGGGCAAGUCUGAGUCCAUCGACGUAACCCUGAACCAGGAACAGGCCACGUACACCCGUGACGCCCUGGCCAAAGCCUUGUAUGCCAGGCUCUUCGACUACCUAGUGGAGGCCAUUAAUAGAGCUAUACAGAAGCCACAUGAAGAAUUUAGUAUUGGAGUUCUGGACAUUUAUGGUUUUGAGAUCUUCCAGAAAAACGGAUUUGAGCAGUUCUGUAUCAACUUUGUCAAUGAGAAACUCCAGCAAAUCUUUAUCGAACUGACGCUAAAGGCUGAGCAGGAGGAGUAUGUGCAGGAAGGGAUCAAAUGGACUCCCAUUGAGUAUUUCAACAACAAGAUUGUGUGCGACCUGAUAGAGAACAAGCUGAAUCCACCUGGCAUUAUGUCGGUGCUGGACGACGUGUGUGCCACCAUGCAUGCCAAAGGGGAGGGCGCAGACGGCACCCUUCUGCAGAAGCUCCAGGCAGCGGUGGGGAUGCAUGAGCACUUCAACAGCUGGAACUCAGGCUUUGUCAUACACCACUAUGCUGGCAAGGUGUCCUAUGACGUGCAUGGCUUCUGUGAGAGAAACCGAGAUGUCCUUUUCCCUGACCUCAUCGAACUCAUGCAAAGCAGCGAAUUUGACUUCCUCCGUAGCUUGUUCCCUGAAAAUCUCAACACUGAUAAGAAGGGGAGGCCCACCACGGCAAGCUCCAAAAUCAAGAAACAAGCCAAUGACCUGGUGAACACUCUAAUGAAGUGCACUCCUCACUACAUCCGCUGCAUCAAACCCAACGAGACCAAGAGGCCCAAAGACUGGGAAGAGAGCAGAGCGAAGCAUCAAGUGGAAUAUCUGGGACUCCGAGAAAACAUCCGUGUACGCAGAGCUGGCUUUGCCUAUCGCAGAGUCUUCAACAAGUUCUUAAUGAGAUAUGCCAUCCUCACCACGGAGACCUGGCCCAGAUGGAAUGGUCCUGAGCAGCAGGGGGUCCUCCACCUGCUGCGCUCCGUCAACAUGGACUCCGAUCAGUAUCAGAUGGGACGCACCAAGGUCUUUGUCAAGAACCCGGAGUCGCUUUUCCUUCUUGAAGAAAUGAGAGAGAGGAAGUUUGACACAUUUGCCCGGAUCAUUCAAAAGUCUUGGAGACAAUACAUCGCACAGAAGAAAUAUGAGCAGAUGAGAGAAGAAGCCUCGGACAUUCUGUACAACUCCAAAGAGCGGAGGAGGAACAGCAUCAACAGAAACUUUGUUGGGGAUUACCUCGGCCUGGAGCAGAGGCCAGAGUUACGCCAGUUUUUAUCCAAACGAGAGCGAGUGGACUUUGCAGAUUCUGUCAACAAGUUUGACCGCAGAUUCAAGUCGAUCAAGAGAGAUCUGAUCCUGACCCCAAAAGGCAUCUAUCUGAUUGGGCGAGAGAAAGAGAAGAAAGGGCCAGACAAAGGGAUGAUAAAAGAGGUUCUGAAGAGAAAGUUAGAAUUUGGGAACAUCACUGGAGUUUCUCUUAGCACGCGGCAGGACGACUUCUUCAUCCUUCACGAGACGCAGUACGACAGCCUGCUGGAGUCCAACUUUAAGACCGAGUUCUUGAGCCUUUUGUCCAAACGCAGUGAAGAAGCUACCAAGAAAAAGUUGCCCUUAUCCUUCUCUGACAGGCUGGAGUUCAGGUUGAAGAAGGAGGGAUGGGGCGGUGGAGGCAGCCGUGUCCUCAGCUUUGUGAGGGGCUCCGGGGACAUGGCCACACUCAAAACUGGAGGAAAGAGCCUCACCAUCAGUAUCGGAGACGGCCUGCCCAAGUCCUCCAAGCCCACAAGGAAGAGCGCCCAGCAGAGCCAUGGAAGACGGAGGAUCACCGGGACCAAUAAAGGUUACCAGAACGGAGGUGCCAAGUUUCCCAGUGCCACUCACACUCAGCCAGAAAGCAUCACUUACUCUACCCCUCACAGACAAGGCCAUCCCCCCAGCACUGUGCUCCCAAAGCUGGGCACCCAAAGGAGAACGCCCAACCACACCCAGCAUCAGCAGCAGCACAGCAACAUGGACUUUAUGAACGUCCCGGACCAGGGCAUGUCAGGAAAGCAGAGGAAGCGCAGCAUCAGCCAGAGGCCUCCUCCAGCCCCCAAACCCCAGCCUCCCCCUGUGGCACCGCGCUGCAGAGCUCUGUACCAGUACAUUGGUCAGGACACCGAUGAGAUCAGCUUCGAAGUCAAUGACGUCUUUGAACUGCUCAAAGAAGACCCAUCCGGCUGGUGGACCGGCCAGCAUCAUUACGCAUUCCACGCACCACAGACUACGGACUGGAGCACCUUUUACCAUUACGCACGGCCAGAGCAGACCCAGGGAGGCCUGGAGCAACUGGAGCCGAGGAUGUACUCCACUGAGAGAUUGGCAGGAGUGUUUUCUUACCAGAGCUCGGACAUCGACUGGUGUGAGGACAAUUAUCGGCACUCUGAGAAUGUGGUGGAGUUUUUCAAUACGUUGAGCAGCUUUUUCUUCCUUCCUUAG